GCGAGCGGCCAUUUUGUGAGUGUAUUCUCAAUUGGGAUAUUUGUGUUGAGGGACUGCCGGAGCAAAAAUCGAAUGAUUUUAAUUUAAAAUCGUUAGCUCCCAAAUAAAAGUACCGAAAUUACAUGUGCUUAGUGUAAAAUUAUAUUAGCUAAUAUUUACAGAUCCAUACGAUGGAGGAAAAAGCAUCCCUCAAAGAACUUGACCAGUGGAUAGAACAGUUGAAUGACUGCAAACAACUGACAGAAAGCCAAGUGAAAACCCUCUGUGACAAGGCAAAAGAAAUUUUAGCCAAGGAAUCGAACGUACAGGAAGUGAAAUGUCCAGUAACAGUGUGCGGAGAUGUUCACGGGCAGUUUCACGAUUUAAUGGAACUCUUUCGAAUAGGUGGCAAAUCUCCUGACACAAAUUAUUUAUUUAUGGGAGAUUAUGUAGAUCGUGGUUAUUAUUCGGUUGAAACCGUUACACUUCUUGUAGCACUUAAGGUGAGGUAUCGCGAGAGAAUAACGAUUUUACGUGGGAAUCAUGAGUCGAGACAAAUCACACAAGUUUACGGUUUUUAUGAUGAAUGUUUGCGAAAGUAUGGAAAUGCUAAUGUGUGGAAAUUCUUCACGGAUCUUUUUGAUUAUCUGCCAUUAACGGCCUUGGUAGAUGGACAAAUCUUCUGCUUACACGGUGGUCUUUCGCCCUCGAUCGACACUCUGGAUCACAUUCGUGCAUUAGAUCGUCUUCAAGAAGUUCCUCACGAGGGUCCAAUGUGUGAUCUAUUGUGGUCAGAUCCCGAUGACAGAGGAGGAUGGGGCAUCUCUCCUCGUGGAGCGGGUUACACCUUUGGUCAGGAUAUUUCCGAAACGUUUAAUCAUUCGAACGGCUUGACCCUUGUUUCACGAGCGCAUCAAUUGGUUAUGGAGGGUUAUAAUUGGUGUCACGAUCGAAACGUUGUGACAAUUUUCUCCGCUCCGAAUUAUUGUUAUCGCUGUGGCAAUCAAGCUGCAAUUAUGGAACUUGAUGAUGCAUUGAAAUAUUCAUUCUUGCAGUUUGAUCCAGCACCAAGACGUGGUGAGCCACACGUCACGAGAAGGACGCCCGAUUACUUCAUGUAAAGUGGUCAGAGAAAUCAGUCGAUAAUUUUUGAGGUAGGAGAUGGAAAACAAAUCUGAUUUUAUAGCGAUAAUACGGAAACAAUUAAGACACAAGAAUAAAAAAAAAGAACAUCGGGAUGAGUGUAAGGACUCUUCUUGAGUCUUGCUCGUCAUAUAUAAAUAAAUAUAUAUAUAUAUAUAAAUAUAGUCACCAAGUAUUAUAUGAUGGCUCGCGAAAAAGGUGCGUCCUCUCAUCAAUUGUCAAAAGGGAGCAUUUACAAACAAAAAUUGUUCGCUAAACAUUUUUUCGCGUGCAAUACGUUAACAAAAAAAAAUCCAAUACCAUGUAGAGACUCAACAAGAUAUUUACGCCAACCGAAAAAAAUAAUACAAUCGUUUCACUAAAAUAAAUUUCACACACACACACACACACAAAACCACAGAACUUGAGUCUUAAUAAUGUUUUCAGUGUAAUGCUUGUAAUUCGAUCGCAGAUAGACACACACAUACAAACACAUUUAAAAACACAAAUCCAUGAAAAAUUUUCAUUUUUCAUUCAAUUUACGAGAAUGGUUCUCCAGUGAGAAAUAAAAUUCGAGAUUUGGAAUCUUGUAUAUUUAAGAGCGUUUCGCAUUAUGCGGUAUGAAGAAACAAAAAAAAAGCGGAGCACGUAUUCCGUAAGUGCAGGUUUAAAAGAAAAAUAAUAAUAAUAAAAAAAAAGAAAAAAAAGAAAGAAAGAUUAAAGAAAUAUAAAACAAAAUUGAUGGGUUGAUGCAACAGUGAAAUUAAAGAGUGUGACAUACAAUUCAAAUUUGUUCUCCACUUGUCAUAAAAAAUAAUA